AUGAACUCAAAUAAGAUAUCUCUUCUAAAUCAUUUCGAAGAACUAAAAUAAAGCUAAUAGAAGUAAUAAGAAUAAAUAAAAUUUGCUUUCGAUACUUUUAAUCAAUUGGUGUAGCAAUUUUAAACUUUAUAAUUGCCAAAAUAAAAUUUAAAAGUACUUGUAUAAGAAAAUUAAUAAAGAAGCACGAUUAAGAAGGAAAAACCCAAAAAAGUCUAUAAGGAGAAAAAUCUUUUCAAGAGAUUUGUAACUUAAAUUGUCUUCAGAAAUAUUAUGCAAUUUUUAUCCAUUCAGGAUAUCAAAUAAUUACGAUUAGUGAGUUUUUUCACAAAUUACUUAAUAGAAACUAACAUAGAGUUUUUGUUAUACCAUAAAAUAUAAAGGACUAAAUAUUUAGAGUCAUUAAAUAUCGGAGAUUAUUAAUUACCUAUUAUCCCUAGUUUAAGAAGUGUGUAUAUUUCAUUAAGGAAAUUGAUCUCAUAAAAAGGAAAUCUUAAUAAAAUUCCUCAAUAACUCUUAUCCUAUUUAACUUUACUUAUAGAUUUGAAUACAGCAGCGAAAUCUUAAAAUAGUAAGCGAAAUGAAUAUCUGUCUAAAUACGAUAUUAUAUAAGCUGUAAAUUAAUAACUCCUCUAUUACCCUUUGAACUGGUUUAAUUUCUUUGAGAAAGAAAGAAGAAUAAUAAAAAACGUGGCUGCUAUGCAAUUUUGUAAAAAGUGUAGGAUAGAACAAAAUUAAUAUGAUGAUUUGAAAAAAUACAUAAAAAAUCUUAUUGAUUUUUCUACUAGUUCAAACUAUAAAGUAAUUUGUGAUGCUCAAAAUAAAGAUUAAAUAAUGGCUACAAUCUCAAAAUAUUUGAGGUUUUUAAAUAAGUUACUCAUUAAAAUAAAGGCCAAAUAAAAUCAACUAAAAAAGAUAUCUAAUUUAGGAAAUGUGUUUUUCUAAACUGUGUAUACAUACUGUUCGUUAUAGGAUAUCAUUAAAGGCAGAUUUGUGUGUCAAAAGUUUAAUCAGGAAUUAAAAUAGCAUGCCAUAUUUCACUUUUAGAUUCAAGGUUUCCGAAUUUAAAAGCAAAUCAAUUUAAUUUAAACUAAUUUUAAUUUAAGCCAAUCAUAGGAUGAGUUUUUAUAUAAAAAUAAAGAGCAACCCAGUUUGAUGGAACUCUUUUAUUGCAUUUAAUAAGAGUGUAAAUUACAAAAUAAUAUCAAUAUGAGAGAUUUCUUACAAAUAAAUAGUUAAUAAAUUUCUGAAAUCAUUUUUAAAUCUUAAGGUGAUAAUGAGCUUCAUUCAAGAUCUCGAGAAUAGGUUAAAGAAUGUUUGGGAAUAGAUAUUCUGGUUGAAAGUAAUUAUGAUGUCUUCUAAUUAAAAUUAUAAAGGGUUAAAGAGUGUUUGAUGGAAUAUUAUGUCAAAUUGCCUCAACUUUAGAAAACACUAUUAAAUUUAGAGAAUCAUUAAAAUGAACUCUUAAUUUGA